GAAAAAGAGAAGGACGGAAGCAUGGCAGCAGGCAGCAGGGAGCAAUGACCGGAAGUGAACUUUAGCGGGUAGCUCACAACUUUGAGAGUUUAAAAAACUGAAGUCAGACAAGCAGCCGCUUCCUUUUUAGUCCGGUUCAGUCAGUGGAAACAAGGAAGUGAGCAGCUGACCGCCGGUUAAGGACAACAGUGCACAGAUGACUGUGGAGACUCCAGAGUGGGACAUGUUAUCUCUCAGAGCCAGACCUCCUCUGUCCUGACACAGGGAGUUUUACAACCAGGAUCUUAACUGUCUACCUCAACACACGUGGAGUUCGCUCCCUCUGUUCUACCUCUUAGGACAUCCACCGCUCUUUUUCUACCUCAGCACGUACUGUACACACACAGACGCACAUAGCUGUUAUCAGCCCGCCCAGAAACACCAACAGACCCUUCACUUUAUCGCCAGGCUUUCAGGUGUCAGUCAUCUAGCGACGGUGUAACACAGUUGACUGGGUUUCUUCUGGCUCAGCUGCUUGAGGAGCCACCCUAAGCAGCCAUGUUGGACAUGGGUUUGUGAUGUUCAAGCCCUGCAACGGACCAGGACCAGGACAAGAAAUAAGACCAGGAGCAGGGGAAGGACUGGGGCAGGGUCAGAGAGACAUUCCUCGAUUUGUGCUUGGCUGUGAAGAUGACGAGCAGGACAUGGGCCAAAUGGAGGCAGGCAUGAAGAACGAGAUGUAUCGAGAAGAGGACAUGGAGGAUGAUGAAGAUGAGUCGCCACCAGAGCGACAGAUUGUGGUUGGCAUAUGUGCCAUGAUGAAGAAAUCCAAAUCCAAGCCAAUGACUCAAAUCCUUGAGCGCCUUUGUAAGUUUGACUACAUCAACGUUGUCAUCUUUCCCGAGGAAGUGAUCCUGGAGGAACCUGUGGAGAAAUGGCCCCUCUGCGACUGCCUCAUCUCCUUUCACUCCAAAGGUUUCCCUCUGGACAAAGCUGUGGAGUAUGCCAAGCUCAGGAAUCCACUACUCAUCAAUGACCUCAACAUGCAGUAUUUCAUACAGGACAGGAGGGAAGUGUACCGGAUCUUACAGGAAGAGGGCAUUGACCUACCUCGUUAUGCUGUGUUAAAACGAGAUCCCGACAAUCCUGAAGAGUGUAACCUGGUGGAGGCGGAGGACCAUGUCGAAGUGAACGGGGAGGUGUUCCCUAAACCCUUCGUGGAGAAACCUGUGUGUGCCGAGGACCACAAUGUCUACAUCUACUACCCAACAUCUGCUGGAGGGGGCAGCCAGAGACUCUUCAGAAAGAUAGGGAGUCGUAGCAGUGUGUACUCUCCAGAAAGCAGUGUACGAAAGACUGGAUCCUACAUAUACGAGGAGUUCAUGCCCACAGAUGGUACUGAUGUGAAGGUUUACACAGUGGGUCCAGACUACGCCCAUGCAGAGGCCCGGAAAUCUCCUGCCCUGGAUGGAAAGGUGGAGAGGGACAGUGAGGGAAAGGAGAUCCGCUACCCUGUCAUGCUAACUGCCAUGGAGAAACUGGUGGCCCGCAAGGUCUGCCUUGCCUUCAAGCAAACAGUGUGUGGGUUUGAUCUGCUCCGAGCCAACGGCCACUCCUUCGUCUGUGAUGUUAACGGAUUCAGCUUCGUCAAAAACUCCAUGAAGUACUACGACGACUGUGCCAAAGUCCUGGGGAACAUGGUGAUGAGGGAGUUAGCCCCCCAGUUCCACAUCCCCUGGUCCAUCCCGAUGGAAGCUGAAGACAUCCCCAUCGUCCCAACAACCUCAGGAACCAUGAUGGAGCUGCGCUGUGUUAUUGCUAUCAUCCGUCAUGGAGAUCGCACACCAAAGCAAAAGAUGAAAAUGGAGGUCCGACAUCCUCUAUUCUUUGAGUUGUUUGAGAAGUAUGGAGGCUACAAGUCAGGAAAGCUGAAGCUGAAGAAGCCAAAACAGCUUCAGGAAGUGCUGGAUAUCGCCCGCCUGCUGCUGGUUGAACUGGGCCAGCACAAUGACUGUGAGAUCGAGGAGAAGAAAUCUAAACUGGAGCAACUCAAAACUGUCCUGGAGAUGUACGGUCACUUCUCAGGUAUCAACAGGAAAGUCCAGCUGACCUACCUGCGGAACGGCCAACCUAAAGCCUCAAGCGAAGAAGAAGACUCUAAGAAGGAGGGCCCAUCUCUGCUGCUUGUGUUGAAGUGGGGCGGGGAGCUGACGCCUGCAGGCCGGGUUCAGGCUGAGGAGCUGGGCAGGGCCUUUCGCUGCAUGUACCCUGGAGGUCAAGGUGACUACGCUGGGUUUCCAGGCUGUGGCCUCCUGCGCCUACACAGCACUUACCGCCACGACCUGAAGAUCUAUGCCUCUGAUGAAGGCAGGGUUCAGAUGACAGCAGCUGCUUUUGCAAAGGGUCUGCUGGCUCUAGAAGGGGAGUUGACACCAAUCCUGGUUCAGAUGGUGAAGAGUGCCAACAUGAAUGGACUGCUGGACAGCGACAGCGACUCUCUGACUGACUGCCAGCAGAAGGUGAAGGCCAGGCUGCAUGAAAUCAUGCAGAAGGGCCAGGAGUUUACACAGGACGACUAUCAAAAGUUGGCCCCAACUAGCAGCCCAUCGCUGGUGAACUCGAUGAAGGUCAUACAGAAUCCAGUCAAAACCUGUGACAAGGUCUACGCCCUUAUCCAGAGUCUCAACUCACAGAUCCGCAAGAGACUGGAGGACCCCAAGUCUGCCGACCUGCAGCUUUACCACAGCGAGACGUUGGAGCUGAUGCUGCAGCGCUGGUCCAAACUGGAGAGAGACUUUCGCAUGAAGAAUGGCCGCUACGACAUCAGCAAGAUUCCGGACAUCUACGACUGCAUCAAAUACGACUCGCAGCACAACGCCUCAGUCGGACUGGAGGACACGCUGGAGCUGUUCAGACUGUCCCGUGCCCUGGCCGACAUAGUCAUACCACAGGAGUAUGGCAUCAGCAAAGCAGAGAAACUGGACAUUGCUCAGGCUUACUGUGUUCCUCUGAUGAAGAAAAUCCAGCUGGACCUGCAGAGGACUCACGAGGACGAGGCAGUUAACAAACUACACCCCCUGUAUUCUCGUGGUGUGAUGUCUCCUGGUCGUCAUGUCCGCACACGUCUCUACUUCACCAGCGAGAGCCACGUUCACUCCCUGCUCAGCAUUUUCCGCUACGGCGGACUGCUGGAUGAGGAGAAGGACCAGCAGUGGAAACAGGCAAUGGACUACCUGAGUGCUGUGACCGAGCUCAACUACAUGACACAGAUAGUCAUUAUGCUGUAUGAAGACAACAAUAAGGACCCCUCCUCAGAGGAGCGUUUCCAUGUUGAGCUUCACUUCAGUCCAGGAGUCAAAGGGUGUGAAGAUGAGGAGAACGUACCUCUUGGCUUCGGCUUCCGCCCAGCUUCCUCAGAGAAUCAAGACAAAAAGCCCAAUCAGGGAAGUCUGGAGGACCUCUCCCAGGACCAGCCGGACCAGGCACUUCCUGUCUCUGAGCCAAUCAACAUCCAGCGAAGGUCCCCCAUGAUCCGCAACCGCAAGACAGGCUCCAUGGAGGUCCUCUCUGAGACCUCUCCCACCCAGUCCUCCAAAGGCUGCACAUCCCACCGACUCUUCCCCUCGUGUUCACGCCAGUCUCCUGAGAUCAAACCAACCAGUGGCCUAGGCUCGCUCUGCUCUGGCCUCUUUAGUGCCUCAGCCCUUGGGGUGUCUUGUAGCGCACCCAACCUGCGGGACUACGUACGCACGCAUCACCACCACCACCGAAAGCCACCUCUGUCACCGGGCAGUCUGCCUUGCCAGAUUGAGCUGUUCUCUAUGCCGGCAGUAAAGAGAUUUUCUGUGUCGUUUGCCAGGCAUCCGACUAAUGAGCCCUCAGACGAGCUCCAAGUAGUCAAGCUGCUGAGGGGGCUUCCCGCUGAGCCGGCCCUGCUGGGGUUUGCCCCUCUGGCUGUGGAUGGGGCCAUGGCCCACCACCUUCGCCACUGUCCCUACCACCUCCGCCGCCUCAAGAGCUGGCUGAUGUCUGGUCAGGAGCUGCCAGAAUCUCUCCACGGGUUUGAAGGCUGCUCCAUGGUGCCCUCUAUCUACCCACUGGAGACGCUGCACAACUCACUCUCACUGAAGCAGGUGGACGAGUUCCUCAACACGGUGUGUGAGAGCAGCAGCGAAGCCCAUGCCAAAACCAUGAAAGCGCUCUCCAGCCUGUUUGACUCCCAGAGCCAGACGUCUCUCUACAGCCCUCAGCAGCCUCUGUCUUCCUCUGGAUCUGAAACAUCUCUUCGGCCACCGAGCCAGCCGCUGUGGCAUGGUAGUAUCCCCUCGAGUGCUGUAUCCAGUGCAGGUCCCUCCUCCCCAAUCACAGAGAGCUCCGGCAUGAACUUCAGCUUCAGUGAGUAGACGGUCUGUCUGGAAAAACACAAGGACUUUUGGGUAUCUAAGGGCACAAUCUGAAGACUUGUUUGUCUGCCUCUCUGUGCUUUCAUUCAUCUUUUCCCCUGCCCUUCUGCUCACAUUCACAACAAACACUGGAGGGGAUGCUGACUUUGGAGCGAGUCCAAGCAGUCGGACUGUAAAUAUAAUCACUCAAACUGUACACGGACUCUUCUGCUGCACCCUUCGUACAUCUGAUCACAACACCCUCUCGCUGGAAAGAGACAACAAACCGGACCUUCAACAGUGUCACUCAUCUGUCACCACGUCCGUCCUCCUCUUCAGUUUGCCGACACAUUCACAAACCAGCUCAGACUGAGUAACAGUGCUUCGAGCCAACAUUCACACCGGUUGUGCCUUUAGUUUAAUUUGGAUGCUGCCUAUGCCAAAACAACAACAGUGCCUGCUGUUUGUGUUCUACUAAAUGUAUGACACACAGCUGUGUCAGUUUUGACCUUAGACAUGUACGACUGAAAUGCAUUACAGACAAAGUGUUAACUGUCACUGAUUUGCAUUUGAAAUAGUUUUAUUUUUUCAUCCUCACUGUUUUGAGGCAGAAAUGUGGCUGGCCAGUCGCAGCCAACACUGACACAAAACAGGGAGUUGUUUUUUGAAAUUCAAGUUAAAUUUAGUACUUUGAUGAACAGUCUGUGGUGUGUUUCAGCUGCUAAUGUCUGUAAAAAGGCUGAAAGUUAAAGCCUAAAGGAAUAGUAUAGCAAAAUACGCUUAUUCCCUUCUUGCAGACAGUUGAGAUGAGAUGAAAAAUACCACUCUCAUCUGUCUUAAAUAUGAAGCUACAGCUUGCAGCCAGUUAGCUUAGCUUCAUUUUGCUUCAUAUUUAGCAUAUAGACACGAGCGGUAUAAACCCUUUCAUCUAAUUCUUGGUGAAAAAGCAAAUAAGUCCAUUUAAGACUAUUCCUUAAAAAAUAUAUACACAUUAUUGACCACUGCACACUUCUGGUUUAUAAAAGUGAAUCUGCUUGAUGAGGUUGCAGAAUAAAUUCCUAAAGAAUGGACCUUAAUCUGAGGCUAUUCUGAACAUAAAUCUGAUAUAUGAAGAUAAACAUCAUGCAAAUAUCGGGCACUUUUAUGAUUUCAGAGAUUACAAACUGAUUAGUCUUGAGAGGAUUUUAAAGUUAUACUUUGGCCCGCUUUGGUACCUGCUACAGUACGUUCAGUUUACUUCAUACAACCAAAAUAACAAGACUCCAUUUUGAGAUACAGGUAUUGUAAAUGUAAAGUGUAAAACCCGAGCCAGCUUGAUCAAACUGUAUUAGUCUUUUCAAUGGUAGUCUGCUGUUCAGUGGAAACACAAUUUAUCUGUAAAUGUGCCUCUAAAUGACUUUAAGAGAAAUAUUUAAGAGAGUAUUGUAGACACUGUGGGUUUCCUGCUGUAUUUUUAUUAUUUUGUAGGGGUUUACAAAUCACAAUUUAUUUCAAGAAGAUCUGUGGUAUAGUAGUAUUUUGGAAUUAAAGGGAAGAACCACUUGAUUAAGUGAAUAGUAUACAUGUACUUUUACAUAAGGACGACUACCUGUUUGUGUCUGCUGUCACACCAAAUUACAUGUUUAUUUUAAUGUUGAAUUAAUCAAAUGAUUAUUUCUAAUGAUUUAAUGAGGACUCAGGUAGAUAUAUCAUGAAUCUACAGAUGGAAAUUAGUUUUAUCAACAUUUGACUGAACUGGGGGUCAAGUCACUUUCAAUUAUUUUGAAAAGGAAUAAAUUCAGUGGUGAAUUUAGUAGUUUACGCUUCAAAGAAAUACUUUUAUUACUUUGACCAAAACUUUAUAGUAUUAAACCUCUACCAUAAAACCAAGACCUGAGGUUUUAUUAUUGUAGAGCACCAUGAUUAUGUUCAGGCAGUUUUGUCUGCGACACCUAUGUAUAAAUGGGAGAAAUAAAACAACUCCCUGUUCAUUUCAAGCUGGUUAAAUUGCAAAUGAACUGACCCCCAAAACCUAGAUACACCUCCUGUAGAACAAAUGUGUGUGUAUGUAUAUAUUUUUUAGUCAUCAUGGGAAGAGUUUUAGUUUUAGAUUUGAGAAGCACUAAUGAUUUUUUUUAAACCUAACAGUGGGUUGAUGUAGGUAAUUUUAGUUGUGUAUUUAUGUGAUUAUUUAAUGUGCUAUUUAAUGUCAGCCAAAGAGGUGUGUUUUAUGAGUUUGGCUGCUGGAGAACAAAGUCUAGGUUUAAUGUGUGUAAGAGUUCUGUCGAUCUCUUGAGGUUCAGGUUGGGCUGUAACGGUGGAAAGAGGAAGAUGAAUAGGGGGGAGGGUGGAUGGGCUGGGGGGGAGUAAUAAAAAAAUCCAUUAAACAGA